GCGGACUCAGCUACCGCCACUUCGGAAGACCCUGAGUCUCAGCGUCCGCUCUGUGAAAGGUCUGGGUCAGACCAGAUCCCCCAGCCUGCACAUGGCACCAGACACAUGCUGCUGCUCUGCUACGGCCCUGAGGAGGAGGCUACCCGUCCUGGCCUGGGUGCCUGACUACUCUCUGCAGUGGCUGAGGCUGGACUUCAUCGCUGGACUUUCCGUGGGACUCACCGUCAUUCCCCAGGCCCUGGCCUAUGCAGAAGUGGCUGGACUCCCACCCCAGGGUUCCUGCUGGACUUCAUCUCCUGCCCUGUCAUUAAAGGCUUCACCUCCGCUGCCAGCAUCACAAUUGGCUUUGGACAGAUCAAGAACCUGCUGGGAUUGCAGAAAAUCCCCCGGCAGUUCUUCCUCCAGGUGUACCACACCUUCCUCCACAUCGGAGAGACCAGGUACCUGUUGGCUUAUGUCCUUCCUUCCAGACGCCCUCGUCACCCCCACCUUCAUCCCCAUCCAGGUGACAUUUGUUCUUUCUCACAUGGGCCCUUGGAAGCAGAGCUCUUCCAUCAUCCUGCCGCAAGUUAGACACCCAGGCCAGGCCAGAGCCAGUGUUAGCAGCAUUGUAGCAAGGACCUGGGCAGUGUGGACAGCCUUCCUCGAGCCAGUUAGUCAGGAAAGGCCAGACAGUGUCUCUCUUCCAAAGUUCUCAGUGAGGAUGAGACCACAGACACAGCACUAAGAGCUGAUACAGGGUACAGGGGCAGUGGGCAGGGCCAGUGAGCCUUGGAGAGGGCUGGGGAACCCAUAGGGAGACUUUUCUCAAGAGAAUUAAAUACCCACCGCAUCAGCCCAGUGGGAGCCAGGAUGCAUGGCCUUUUCCUUAUGCCAGAAAUUAUUUGGGGAGCCACCCAAGCUCAGGGCAAUCUGCUGGGCUCCCCAAGGCCUGAAGCCAGUGGCAGGGUGCUUCCUGUCUGCCCUGGUGAUGGCAGGGGAGUGAGACUGGCUAUUCACACUCAUUACAGUUAGUGCAGUGGGCAGGGUGUCACUGACUAUGUAAUCCCAAGGUCUCCAAACCUCUUGGGAACAGACUAAGCAUCCAUAGGCUAGAGGACUGGAAAACUGGGCCAAUUGUCCAGUUACCAUGGUGAUGAGGGGCCUCUCACCUCCCAGCCCCACAGGGGUGUGGCCUUCAGAGGCCAGAGUAGCUCUGAAAUAGAAUAGAGACAGAGAUUAUUCAGAAGGUAGAAAGUGGGACAGGGAGAGAGACUUGCAGCAAAAGUUACCACUGAUAGUUAUUCUCUUGUCUGUGAUCCUGUCAUUCGGGAUGCUGAGGCAGGAGGAUUACACGUGCAAGAACUGUAUAGAGAAACCCUGUCUCAGUAAAGGAAAGAGCAGCCAUAAACUGAGCCCAUGCUGACUGCCCGCCUCCUUGCCCUCCACUCCCUCCCCUACCACUCCUCUUUCCUCUCCUCCUCCCACCCUCUUCCCUCUUGGUUCCCCUCCCGCUUCCCUCUGCACCUUAUCCCCACAUGCAUGCACCCACCCCCGUCUGCAGGGUAGGCGACGCUGUCCUCGGACUGGCCUCCAUGUUGCUGCUGCUUGUGCUGAAGUGUAUGCGGGAACACAUGCCUCCUCCCCAUCCUGAGAUGCCCCUUGCCGUGAAGUUCAGCCGUGGGCUGGUGUGGACUGUCACAACAGCUCGCAAUGCCCUGGUGGUCUCCUCCGCGGCUCUGAUUGCUUACGCCUUCGAGGUGACAGGAUCCCAUCCCUUUGUUCUGACUGGAAAGAUCGCCGAGGGGCUCCCUCCGGUGCGGAUCCCACCCUUCUCAGUGACCAGGGACAAUAAGACCAUCUCGUUCUCUGAGAUGGUGCAGGACAUGGGGGCCGGACUGGCUGUGGUACCUCUGAUGGGGCUCCUGGAGAGCAUUGCCGUGGCCAAAUCCUUCGCGUCUCAGAAUAACUACCGCAUUGAUGCUAACCAGGAACUACUGGCCAUUGGCCUCACCAAUGUGCUGGGCUCCCUCGUCUCCUCUUACCCAGUCACUGGCAGCUUUGGGCGGACAGCUGUGAAUGCCCAGACAGGGGUGUGUACCCCGGCAGGAGGCCUGGUGACUGGUGCCCUGGUGCUGCUGUCCCUGAACUACUUGACCUCACUCUUCUCCUAUAUCCCCAAGUCUGCCCUGGCUGCCGUGAUCAUCACGGCUGUGACCCCACUCUUUGAUGUCAAGAUCUUCAGGAGUCUCUGGCGCGUUCAGAGGCUGGAUCUGCUACCACUGUGUGUGACGUUCCUGCUGUCCUUCUGGGAGAUCCAGUACGGUAUCCUGGCCGGUAGCCUGGUGUCUUUGCUCAUUCUCCUGCACUCGGUAGCUAGGCCCAAGACUCAGGUGUCAGAAGGACAAAUUUUUGUUCUUCAGCCGGCCAGCGGCCUGUACUUCCCUGCAAUUGAUGCCCUCCGAGAGGCAAUAACGAACCGGGCACUGGAAGCAUCCCCACCACGUUCCGCGGUUCUGGAGUGCACGCAUAUCAGCAGUGUAGACUACACCGUGAUCGUGGGACUCGGUGAGCUCCUGGAGGACUUCCAGAAGAAAGGAGUCGCCCUGGCCUUUGUUGGCCUACAGGUGCCCGUGCUCCGCACACUGUUGGCCGCUGACCUCAAGGGGUUCCGUUACUUCACCACUCUGGAGGAGGCUGAGAAAUUCCUGCAGCAGGAACCAGGAACUGAGCCCAACAGCAUCCAUGAAGAUGCUGUUCCAGAGCAAAGGAGCUCCCUGCUCAAGUCUCCCUCCGGCCCCUGAAGAGCAGAUGGUAUAGGAAGGGUUUCUGGAAGGUUCUGUCACCAUGACUUGGAGUCACCUGAUAGACUCACCAACCUGGUGGGACUUAAAAGGCACUGCAUAGGUGGCUCUGGGGAACAGCAGGGAGCCAUGUAUGAUUUCCAGGGUGUCACUUUCCUGCUGUCCCCUAGGUGUGAGUAUUUGAGGGCUGGGCUGACUGAAAAGUCUUUCAGAGAGAGAGAGAGAGAGACAGAGACCCAGAGACACACACAUGGCUUCUGGCCUGGUCUGGCAGGGUAAGGUGACACUCUCCAGAUCCCAGAUUCUUCUUUGGAAUCAGGUCCUACUGGAGAAAAAUCAAAGAGAUUGGGCAUCUCGGAGAUGUGUCUGACCAUGUCAUGAAGUCUAAUCUGAGCUGAAGAGGUGGCCACAGCAUGCCACACAAGGUCAAUUCUGUUUAAAAUCAUGUGUUUUUUAAAUGGAAGUCACUCUGGUGUUUUUGUAAAGCAAAACAAAAACAUUUAUGCUUACUUUAAAAAAAAAAUCCAAGAACUCAUGCAUCCUGUUCACUAUUCUCUUAACUGAGGUCCCCUGCCCGGACAGGUGUGUAUCCGUCAGUGUGUGCACACGGUGCCGUCUGAUGUGAAGACCCGAAUCACUGUAUUAAGGUGCUUUGUAAACUGUCUUCAUGCAGUCAUUAAUUGUGAAUUAUUUAUUGUGAUGAUCAAUGACAUUAAAUGCAAGAUUUAUUUACCUUAUUAAAAUACAAGAUUUAUUUAUUGUAUUAAAA